AUGACCUCCCCAAAAGCCACCAUCUUCCUCCUGCAGCCACAGGCUGAUGAGACUUGGCCUCACCCUGGCAUCCAGUCCAUCUUCAUCAACAGAUGCAGCAAUCCUGCCCCGAGGGUGUGUGACUUUGUGUGUGACUGCAGGGACUGCUCCGAUGAGAACCAGUGUGGUUAUCACAAAGAAUCAGUCACGCUGGGAACUCCCUUCACCUGCGAUUUUGAAGAAGGCAACUGUGGAUGGAAGGAUGUGAGCACCUCUGUCUACAGAUGGGUUGCAGGCCGAGCCAGCAUCGCCACGUGGGGGACAGGGCCCAGCGCCGAUCACACCCGGGGCACUGAUCUGGGCUGGUACAUGGCUGCAGAGAUGCGCAGAAACACGUUUGCUGCCAUCGCUAGGUUAAGGUCCCCUGUGAUGCGACAAGCAGCAGCCACCUGUGAGAUCCGAGCAUGGUAUCGCCUGUGGGACACAGGGCUUAACAAGAUGGUGCAGCCGGCUCUGUGGGUGGAGCUGACAUAUGACAAUGAGACCAUAACGCUGUGGCAGAGCCCUGAAAGCAGCAUUUCUGCCUGGCAGGAGCUGGUUGCAUACACAGGCCGGGUGCCAGGGGAGUUCCAGAUAACCCUCUCCUCACAGCAGAGCUCCUUGCAGCUGGACGAUGUGGAGUUCAGGAGCUGUGGCUUGCCACCGCCCCUGAGCCUAGUGUGUGGCUGGGAGGAGAGGAACUGCAGCCGUGGAUCAUGUGUGCAGCUGGAGCAGCUCUGUGAUGGCACUGACAACUGCGGGGAUCUGUCAGACGAAUCCACCACAGAGUGCAGAUCGUUCACCCUCUGUUCCUUUGAGACGGGCUGGUGUGACUGGGUCCCUUCGCCCGAUUACCCGACCUGGGUCAGGAACACAAGCCUCCACCUUGCGCCUGCGGCCCGCACCCCCACACGGGACCACAGCAGCAACAGCAGGACAGGCUUUUUCCUCUACAUCAGUACCGGCCCACAGGACCUGAGCAGCGGUGCAGCCAGACUGAUUAGUCCAGUUUUCCAAGCAACCACGACCAGCAGCUGCUCUCUCGUGUUCUACUCCCACCUCUACGACUCGGCCACCAGCAGCCUCAACAUCUACUACCAAACCAAGGCCGUCACGCAGCUCAUGCACACGAGGGCUGGGGACCUGGGCAAUUACUGGUUCAGGGAGAAAGUGGACUUCAAUGUGACCAAGAACUUCCAGUUCGUUCUGUCCCUGCAGAUCAUUCUUGAGGGCAUGAUCGGAACAGGACAGAAAGGAAGCAUGGCCCUGGAUGACUUGGUUCUAUCCCCAGGCUGCGUCCGGGCUGCAGGCAAUCAGGUCAUCACUCCCACGCCUUCCUCCACUGACCCCACCACGCCCUGCACCCCAGAGGAGUUUGCCUGCGACAAUAAGAAGUGCAUCAACGCAGAGCUGGCCUGCGACUUUACAGAGACGUGUGAAGACGGCUCCGAUGAGAAGUAUUGUGCCAAGGCCGCAGUGCAUGUGAUCAUGUCUCCAGCUGCCCCGCCGGUGCUGACGGUUGUGGGCUCUUGGCAGGACUGCAGCAGCACACGCCUUCAGGCCAGGAGCCCUCGGGGCUCUUGGCACCACCUGGUGAGAGGCUUCGCGCUCCCGGUGGCUGCAGGGGCCCAGACGAGGCUCGUGAAAACUUGGUGUGUUCCAGGGACAUCGACCUUCGAGGCUGGGGCUGGGGGCUGGAAGGACAUCAGUGUGGGCCAGCUGCAGUGGGUGAGGGAGAAAGCCAGCAAGGGCUUACUGCCUGGGGCAGACCACACCACCAACACCUCCACAGGGAGUUACCUGGGCGUGGAGCUGGCUCCAGGUCAGAUGGUGUCCGUGGCAAGGGCUCGCACCCCUCAUCUGGGCCCCUCGGGCCUGGCCUGCUCCGUGGAGAUGCACUACUGGCUGCACAGCGACCCCCAAGGGUUCAUUGCGCUCGGCAUCGUGGAUCAUGCCCUGGGGACACACAGGCUGGCCUGGCACAUGCAGGGCAACAGCAGCACAGAGUGGAAACACGUCACCGUUCCUCUUGGGGAGAGAGCCAGACCCUUCCAGCUGGAGCUGACUGCCCUGGUGAAUCUGCGUGGCCCCAUGGUGCAGAGUGCUGCUGUGGACGAUGUUGUAUUUGUGAACUGCGACCCCCACUUUACCCCUCCAGAUGCCUCAGAGCUGUCUUGCAACUUUGAGAUGGGGCUCUGCGGCUGGUACCAGGAUCAAAGCGAUGAUUUUGAGUGGGUGCGAGGCACAGGGCUGGGGCUGGGCUCUGAUCACACCACCGGCACAGGCUAUUUCUUGUCCGUGGAUCUCUCCGCCCAAAGUACCUGGGGCCUGAGCGCACGUCUCAUCACUUACCCCCAGGACCCUCCCACCAGAGAGCAGUGUCUCUCAUUCUGGUACCGCCUGGAUGGCCCUCAGAGUGGCACGCUGAACCUAAAGAUACAGCACGAUGGGGAGCCCGAGACGGUGCUCUGGACCCGAACGGGAGCUCAUGGCAGCAUGUGGCACCUGGGAUUCGUAACACUCAGUCGUCAGGCUCUACAGAGGUACCGGCUGGUCUUCGAGGCUCUCCGGGACGGGUACCUGGGGGACAUAGCCCUGGACGAUGUCACCGUGCGAGCUGGAGCCUGUGGUCCCCAGAAAUCCUGUUCGUUUGAGGCCAAUGCCUGUGGCUUCUCCUCCAGCUGGCAGUACACAUGGGCACGGCAGAGCAACGCCACUGGCACUGCCACCGCUGGCCCUCCCACUGACCACACCGUGGGGACAGCCCGAGGAUAUUACAUGAUUGUUGAUACCAGCAAGGGCUCCCUGCCCCGUGGGCAAGCAGCCACUCUGAGCUCUGGGCAGUACAGGCCCCUGACUCAUCCACAGUGCCUGGGCUUCUGGUACCAGCUGAGCCCCAGUAACCCAGGUUCUCUGACGGUGUGUGUGAAGGAGAAGGGGGUGCAGCGGAGGCUGUUCAGCGUGAGCUCAGUGCAGGGGAACACCUGGCGCUAUGGUAAAGUGACUGUCCAAGUGGCUGAGGACUGGCAGGUUGCGUUCGAGGUGGUGAGUGCUGGCGGCGAGCUCUCCUAUGUCGCCCUCGAUGAUCUGCACCUGAAGGCCAGCAGCUGCCCAGAGCCAGGUUCCUGUGACUUUGAGUCAGACACUUGUGGCUGGACCAGCCCCUCAGACCACACCCUGGGCAGCUACACCUGGGGCUGGAAGAGCGGGGCCAGCCCAGGCCCCGAGGUGGACCACACGCUGGGCACGACAGCAGGUCACUACGUUUACUUUGAUGCCAGCGUGCUGGGGCCUGGGGGGAACGCGGCCCGGCUGCUGAGCGAGCACCUGCCAGCCACCACAGGCGCCUGCCUUCGGUUCUGGUACCACAUGGACUUCCCAGAGCACUUCUACAGUGGCGAGCUGAGGGUGAAGCUGUACAGCAUGGCGGGGGAAUUAACAGUCUGGUGCGCCCGAGGGCACCAGGGCCAAGGCUGGCGGAACACGACCAUCUCAGUGCAGAACACUGUGGAGUUCCAGAUUGUCUUUGAAGUGACCAAUGGCGUGUGGCCUGCCGGGGGGACCAUCGCCCUGGACGAUAUCAUGUACCUUGCUGGAGAGGGCUGUAAUGGAGACGGUUUGGGCCAGAUGGAAGACGGGAAACCUGCCAAAGGCUCUGUGGCAGCAACGGUGAUUGGCAUUCUCCUGGCCACUGCAUUCCUGCUCCUAAUAACUUUGAGCAUAUGCUAUUGGCCGAAGAGGAGGGUGUUAGCAGGCAGGAUGUCAGAAGAGAGAGCCACCAGCCAAGGCUUUGAUAACAUCGCUUUUAGAGAUGACUAA